UUUGAAAGUGUGUGUGUACUCGGCUUCCUGCUGCUGCUCGGUGUCCGCACACCGUCCGUCUCGUCAGUGUUGAUCGGCUCGCCAUGGCGGAAGGACGCAGAGAACAGCCGCCCCAUCCCCUCCUCUCCUUACCACCGGCCAGCAAGCGACCCUGCCUGCGCCCUGCUCCCCGAGGUCCCGGCCCGGGGCCCGGCCACGGCAGCGGGUUGCCCAGCUCCCGGUUUCGUUCUCCGGAGUCCUUACUGGACUGCGCCGCGAAGGCAGUAGCGGAAAAGUGGGCCUUCGAGAGAGUGGAGGAGCGCUUCGAGCGGAUCCCGGAGCCCGUCCAGCGCCGCAUCGUCUACUGGUCUUUUCCCCGCAACGAAAAGGAGAUAUGCAUGUACUCUUCGUUUCAGUGCCGAGUCGCCGGCGAGGAGGGUGCUACCGGCGGCUGCGGAGCUGUAGGUGCUGGGUCCGGACCUACAAUCGCCGGCGGAGGAUCUACCGGUACGACGGCUACCGUGGGGGCAGCCGGAGCAGUGGGGACGGGAGACGGACUGCCUUUCCGCCGGGGUAUCCGGCUGCUAGAGACCGGUUGUGUGGAAAACGUUUUACAAGUCGGGUUUCACCUCAGUGGCACAGUCACUGAACCCGCCACGUCGUCAGAACCCGAGGUCACCCACAAGGUGGCCAUCAGCUUCGACCGAUGCAAGAUCACCUCCGUCACCUGCGGUUGCGGGAACAGGGACAUCUUCUACUGCGCCCACGUGGUGGCGCUCUCUCUGUACCGCAUACGCAAGCCUGAGCAGGUGAAGCUGCGGUUGCCCAUCUCGGAGACGCUGUUCCAGAUGAACCGGGAUCAGCUGCAGAAGCUGGUCCAGUACCUGAUCACAGCCCACCACACCGAGGUGCUGCCCACAGCCCAGAAACUGGCCGACGAGAUCCUCUCCUCCAACUCUGAGAUCAACCAGGUCCACGGUGCUCCGGACCCGACUGCAGGCGCCAGCAUUGACGAUGACAACUGCUGGCAUCUGGACGAGGAUCAAGUCAGGGAGCAGGUCAAACAGUUUCUCUCACAGGGAGGAUACUACGGCUCUGGGAAGCAGCUCAACUCCAUGUUCGCUAAGGUCAGGGAGAUGCUACGAAUGCGGGACUCCAACGGCGCCCGAAUGCUGACGCUCAUAACGGAACAGUUUAUGGCAGACCCCCGGCUGUCGCUAUGGAGACAACAAGGCACCGGCAUGACGGAUAAGUGUCGGCAGCUCUGGGAUGAGCUAGGUGCAUUGUGGGUGUGCGUGGUGCUGAACCCCCACUGUAAGAGCGAGGAGAAGAGCGGCUGGCUGAAGCAGCUGAAGAAGUGGGGCGACCUGGACGUCUGCCCGCUGGAGGAUGGCAACUAUGGCAGCGAGCUUCCAAACAUCACCAACGCUCUUCCGCAGAGCAACCUGGCACAGGACUCUCUGUCCAGGCCGAGGAGGUCGGUGUUCAGCCGGGCCGUCGAGGCCUGUGACCUCCACUGGCAGGACAGCCACCUCCAGAGGAUCAUCAGCAGUGACCACUACAUGUCUCCGUCCUACCAGAGAGAGGGGGAGAGCCUGCUGUUCAACCCACAGGGCCUGCCGCUCUGGCUAGACCACGUCCCGACGGCAUGCGCUCGCGUCGACGCGCUGCGUUCCCACGGCUACUCCAGGGAAGCACUGCGAUUGGCCGUGGCCAUCAUCAACACGCUCCGCCUCCAGCAGCAGAGACAGAUGGACAUCUACAAACACCAAAAGAAAGAGCUUCUCCAGAGGGGCGUGACUUCCACCACCAACCUGGAAGGCUGGGUAGGUCAUCCCUUAGACCCGAUCGGCUGUCUGUUCACCACGCUCACCGAAACCUGCCGCCUGGACGACGACAACACGAUGGACACAGGAGGUAUGAAGAUAUGCUGCUGUUUCUCCUUUUACUCUCUCUGGGAAUUAUCAUUAUCAUUAUUUUUUAAGUAUAAACACAGAAAAAAAGAAAAAGCUCUUUCAGAUCAUCAAGGCAGCGGCAUUGCUGCAGCUUCACCCGCCUCUUCCCCGCUGCAGGAUCAGAAAACCUCAUGUUCUGCAUGUGUGUGUGUGUGUGUGUGUGUGUGCGCUUCACAGGUGAUGAGGAUGACUCUGUCCACACUGAACUGGAGAAGGAGAGAGAUGGUCCGCUGGCUGGUAACCUGUGCCACUGAAGUCGGUCUGCGGGCAUUGGUGAGCAUCUUACAGAGCUGGUACACCCUCUUCACGCCGACCGAGGCCACCAGCAUCGUGGCGGCCACCGUCAUGUCCCACAACACCAUCCUGCGCCUCAGCCUCGACUACCCGCAGCGCGAGGAGCUGGCCAGCUGUGCCAGGACGCUGGCCCUGCAGUGCGCCAUGAAGGACCCCCAGAACUGCGCUCUGUCAGCUCUGACGCUCUGCGAGAAGGACCACAUCGCCUUCGAGACGGCCUACCAGAUCGUGAUCGACGCGGCGUCCACGGGUAUGACUUACUCCCAGCUGUUCACCAUCGCGAGGUACAUGGAACACAGAGGAUAUCCUCUGCGGUCCUUCAAAUUGGCCUCCCUCGCCAUGACCCACCUUAACCUGGCCUACAACCAGGACACGCAUUCUGCUAUUAACGAUGUGCUCUGGGCCUGCGCGCUCAGCCACUCCCUGGGUAAGAACGAGCUGGCGGCCAUUAUCCCCCUGGUGGUGAAGAGCGUGCACUGUGCCACGGUGCUGUCCGACAUCCUGCGGCGGUGCACCAUGACGGCGCCGGGUCUCGCCGGCAUUCCCGGGAGAAGGAACUCUGGCAAGCUGAUGUCGACGGACAAGGCGCCGCUGCGGCAGCUCCUGGACGCCACGAUCUCGGCGUACAUCAACACCACGCACUCUCGACUGACGCACAUCAGUCCGCGGCACUACGGGGAGUUCAUAGAGUUCCUGAGCAAAGCGCGGGAGACUUUCCUGCUGGCACAGGAUGGCCACAUUCAGUUCGCCCAGUUCAUAGACAACCUGAAACAGAUCUACAAGGGCAAGAAGAAACUGAUGAUGUUGGUCAGGGAGCGCUUCGGCUGACCUCGCCCCUCCCUCACAGGGACCCUCUUCUUGGGAAGUAGAUCGACUUAUUUGUUUCUAUUUAAGUUUUUAUUUUGGAUUCCUUGUAUUUUUACUUCUUCUGUUGAGCCAUUUGUUGACUAAGUCUUAAGUUUUUGUCCUGUUUUGUUGUUUUGUUUCUUGGAUGUGAGCCAGGAAGUGUUUGCAGUACAUUGCUCUGCUUCUUUGAGACUGCAAAAAGGGGGGAAACGGCUUGAAAUGUCAAAGAAACAACAAAAACCAACUAAUGUUGAGUCUAGUAGGAAAAAGUCAAAAGAUUGUGAUGGGGGGGGGGGAGAGAAACAAAAGGGACUUUUUGGUUCUUUUUUGGUGGCACAUGACGAUUUAUAAACCAAAAGAUUUGGUUGGAUGGGGUACUUACUUUGAGUCAGAAGACGCUUUGAGCUGCGGUUAAGGAGAAGAAGAGGAGGAAGUGGUUUUCAAAGUGGAAGGAACUUGUCAUUCCAAAAGAGAAAAGCUCUACUGAGGUCAGAAAGCAUGCAUAGUGUUACCGCCAUACCUCCACUGUAUUAUUUCUCAGCUUUAACUUCUCUUUCAGAAGAAUCGGCCUCAUGUUUCAUUCAGGGCAUCUUAGACUAGAGCGGGCAGAACACAGAACUACACGUGCUGUGUAGAAGACGUCAGUACCGAGUAAAGCCACUCUAGCUUAGCUCCUCCCCCUUGACAUCUGCUGGUCAGUGCUGUUCCUGAAGACUAUCUUCAGAGGAAGCACAGUGUUGCUUCACAGAGUGCAUGUUUUCAAAUCUAGAAGCCCUGUCACCUUUCACUCGCUACAUCGGGAUUUAGUCAAUCAGCAAUAUUAGUCAAGUCUGUGCUUCAUUUCUAUCACCCAGCGGCGUUAAUGUCACCUUUUUGUUGUGUUUUCCGUUGGGAAGCUUUGAAACAUGGAGGGACCUGGGUUGAUUCCAGCAUCCGUCGGCUGGUAACUCUGCCGGUAGCUAAAGUCCCUUUUCCAUCUCAAGAACUUUUGCCGGAACUAUUUCAUGAACCCCAGAGCGUAAGGCCUUUUCAAGAGCAGAAAUCUGGUUCCAUCGUUGGUUCUUUUGAUGGAUCCUACCCCUAAAGCCCUGGCAGAUAGUACUUUUUACCAUUGUGUAUUGCCAUGAGUUCUCACGGUGAAAUGUGCGGCACUUGUGGUUGAUCAAAUAAGCACUAUUUAAAUGUAACAGUCAGAAUAAGGUAAUAAGUGCUAAAUAAUUACAACAAAUAUUGGCCUGAUAACAAGGAAGACGCUCUGCCUUGUGUAUCUAGAAUCAAAAAGCCUUCCAAAAUAUAUAUUUUUUUGAAUUUAUAGUAGAACUAUACUCAUACCACUUAUACAUCUGCACUAACUAAUAUUGUUACGUGAACAAUAAAUCAACUGAUGUGUAAUGUGAAAUGGUUGUUUUUAGUAACAAACUAAAAUAAUGAGUACACCCAACUCUGCACUACAAAGCUAACGUCCUUUAGCUAAUAGUUUAGAUUUUUUCCGGCCUUUGCCAUUUGGUGAAGUCUUGCUGUGCUCGUCACCUUCGUUUCCAGUGUAGCUGUGGUCCGCAAAGAAAGCUAACACCGGCUGCCUCGCACCAGACAGUAGACGGGCAAAGUUAGCAGCUAGCUAGUGUAGCAUUUAGCUUCUAAAGAGUCGGUGAAGACCAAAAUGGAGCUAAAGAGAGAGUCCCUAUUGGACUAACAUUUGCUUGGCGGCCAGAAACACGACUCCAAACACUUAUAUUCCAUCUCUGCCUUAUGUGUAGAUUAGAAGCUGUUUGCUAACACGUUAGCCAUCGUAACUUUGUAAGAGGAUGAUAUGUCAUUUUUGUGUUCUCCGCUUGAACCACUGCCCCCAAGUGGCCAAAAAAACAGUUACCGUGUGGUAUUGUUUGGAUAAAGUACAACAACAAAAAAAGAAAUCUAAAAGAUUAUAAACUACGGUAAUUGCAGUAAUCACACCGUUCCCCAUUAUGGCUGCAGCAUAGAUAAAUAUGCUUAACUAAGUCGUAUUCCUCCAGUUCCUCGGUCUCUCGUGAUGGAAAAGAGUCUCCAGUUACUGAAGCCACUUCCCUGUGAGAGCUGCUGGCUGUGAUCAUUGUGAACUGUGGCGACUAGCUGCCUUGUCUUUCUCAAAGGGUUAAAGCUACACAGUGCAAACACCGCAGAUAGAUGUUCUAUGUAUGACUUGAUGACUUAAUCGUACAUGUUUGAAACCACAUGCCUCGGCACAGGGAUGUCCAUGCUCCCCUUUCUUACCCGGUGGCAAAGUAUUGUUCACAGUACAGCAAGAGCGCACCGGUCGGACUUAUCCGCCAUCGUACAAGCACUUCACACAGAUACCUCUUCAGUACGUUCCUGCCUGCUUCAGCAUUUAUUUUAGUGAUUGUUUUAGUAACACAACAGAGUCACAAAAAGGUUUUUUUUUUUUUUCUUUGAACGGAGGAACAUUUUUAUUGUCUGCUUUUACAUUCCAUGAGAGCUACCUUCACCCACUCCCCGGGUAGUCAGUCACAACUCUGGGUCUGUCCGGUCGGUAGGAACGCAGAUAGAAGAAUGGAGGAAACGAAUAAAAAAGGAAAACUGAGCAAAGGAAAGAGAAGAGAGGCUAAACUCAGUUCUCAGGGACAUCACUUAAAGAAACAAAACAAAAAGUAGUAGCAUUAAGCAUUUAAGAUAUUGUAAAUAUGAAAGUGUCAAUUCAGAAAAUUGUAAAGUUAUAAUUAUUUAUGAUAUGUAUGUUAUGCGUUUGUUUUUACUUUAUUUUUAUGUUGUUCUUUUGGCGGGGGUGUACUUGAACUGUUUGGGAUGGUGAAUUUGCCAGCGUUUUUUUUUUUUUUUUGUAAGAGCAAAGACUUCAAGGCAUUUCUCAGGUGCUCCUGUGUGCAUUUCUUUAAGUUUGUUUUUGCGCUAUAAUAGCUACUAUUAUUUGUAAUUUUAUUGAUUUGCAAAGAGAGAAAAAAAAAGUCUGUUUUCUAAAAGGAAGCAUGUUCUGAGUUGAUGAAAACGAGGGAGGCAUUCACUUGUAAACAGAUACGUACUAAACCUGACUAUGCAGAACCACUGCGGUGGUCUUGUCGCCUCUUAAAAGACGUCCGGAAAAAAGACUCUGUGGACUGAACCACUAUUACAGAGAGAGGGGGGGUGGACGGACAGAGACAAGACCCAGCAUGCUUGUAUUUGGACAAUGCGCAGUAGCCGGCCUGCAUACGCUGCAACAUUUAUGGGGAGACGGGGGGAAAAAAUGAAUAUGGUGGAAAAUGCCUUUGUGACCGAUCAAUGUACAAAGUUUAUUUUUGCUUUACUUCUUUGUUGUUGUCUUUAUUUUUAAUUUAAGCAGGACUCAAAGCCUUCAGUGUCUUCUCAGUGGUGUCGUGUGGCGGCAGCACCGCAGUGAGACGGAACAAUACACAAGUCAGCGAGUCACCAACGUCAACUGUGUGAACAAAAGGAGGCGUGGUCUGUGGACGCCCUCGUGUUCAUUCCUCGUUGUUACUUCUUCUUUUUUUUAUCGCUUUCUCUCCCUUCAGAGUUCACCUCUUCUGUCUCAUUACUUCUUCCUUUAAAUCUGUAAAUCUCCACUUACCCCCCCUCUCACGCAGGGAGGAGCCAUGCACCGGUGUGUCAGUAACCAGCUGUCUUACAAGCAGCUGAGACAUCAGCAGCACAACAAAACUAUUGCAAGGUUUCUACAUGAGGAUUAAACAGGAAGGUUGAGUCCAUUUCUUGGUUACUACAUCAGCACCAUGAGGCUGUUUUGCUGACUCAUGGAUGAAAGAGAGAUCCAGCCCGCUGCCUUCAUGUGAUGCGUUUACUGACAGCGGGACAUCAAACGCGUUCCUCCCUCUCUGUUCAGCCUGUGUUAAAUGUAUCCGCCGGUCCUCAUGGCUCCCCCUUCAUUCUUCCGUAGGCGCGUCCUCUUUGCUGGUAGAGAUCUAGUUCACCUACUGUUUCACACUUUGUUUUGCUUUUGGAUUCUUUCUAACUUAAGGGAAAAUGGGAAAGUGUUUGUUGCCUCUUUGUGCUACUGAUUAUGAAAAAGGUAUUUCCAGUAUUUGUUGCCACAGAAGUAUGAUAGCUUAUCAUCAACACUUGUUUAUUUUGGGGGUUAUUUUGUAAUAUUUUUUGUGCAUCUUCUUGAGCUACUGUCUAUAAAGCGAGAAUUUAUUACUAUUUAUGUAACGCUACUACCAUUUUAUAUUGAUUUGUGUUGGAAUCUCAGUGCUUUUCUAUGAAUAAAGUGUGAAACACG